AUGCCAGAAGGUAGCAUUGCCUGCUGGGCACAACUUACGGAAGCGUUUGUUACUAGGUUCAAGAUGAACACAAAGACACCGGUUGAAAUAGAUCAGUUGCUCAUCAUCAACAUGGACAAGAAAGAAACAUUGAAAUCUUACAACAAUAGAUAUUGGGAGACCUUCAACCUGAUUGGUGAUUGUCCCACUAACCUAGCUAUCGCGCAGAACAAGCGGGGUUUGCCCGUAGGCCAUAAGUUGAGGUAUUUAAUGACAAUGACGUCGCCCCUCACUAUAGAAGCCUUGCUAGAGAUAGUGCACCAGCACAACAGGGUAGAUGAAGAUAGUGCUCGCACCAAAGUAAAGUACGGCACAACAGUGAUGUUGGAUAAGAAACCAGCAGGAAAGGUUAAUACAAUAAAAAAGAAAGGCCGACCUAACAAUAAUAGUCGUGGUGCACCGCCCAAUGAUGAAGAUGCCAAGGCAAGGAGGUUGAGGGUCCGCACUGCCAUUAUGAAUGUUUUCAAGAAGCCCAUCUGCCGAAUUCUUAGUAAAAUAUACGAUGAACCCUUCAUUCGGCGGCCUGCCAAGUUGGGAGAAGCACAUAGGGGCUACGACGAGAGAGAUAUAUGCACCUUCCAUGAUGAAGUAAGGCACCAAACUGAAGAUUGUAUGCCUUUAAGGCAACAUUUGGAAGAAUUGAUGGCAACUAGCCACUUAGAUUAA